AUGUUUCGCACGAUACCACGACGACUCCCGCGCCAGCUCGCCCACUUCUCCCCUGCGACCGCGCCGUCUCGCCUGGCACUGCGCGCCUUCACAUGCGGCUAUCCUCGGAUGUCACUCCCGCCCGUCCAGCCCCCAGUGUCCGCGACACUGCCAUCCGAUUCAUACCAGCUGCUCUCAACGGCCAACAAGGCCGGUGCGGCGGAAGAUGCGCUCUACGAACAACAGGUCCGCGAUGUGCAGGAGUGGUGGAAUUCCCCUCGGUAUGAAGGCAUCAAGCGGCCCUACUCGGCCGAGGAUGUUGUGAGCAAGCGUGGAUCGCUGCAGCAGACAUACCCGAGCUCCCUUAUGGCUCGCAAAUUGUUCAAUCUGUUGAACGAACGUGCUGCGGCCGGCGAGCCGGUUCAUACCAUGGGUGCCAUUGAUCCCGUACAAAUGACCCAGCAGGCGCCUAACCAGGAGAUCUUGUAUGUCUCUGGUUGGGCUUGCUCUUCCCUGUUGACCUCCACCAACGAGGUCUCACCCGACUUCGGUGACUACCCCUACAAUACCGUGCCAAACCAGGUCCAGCGACUAUUCAAGGCCCAGUCUAUGCACGACCGGAAACAAUGGGAUGCCCGACGGAAGCUGAGCGCUGAUCAGCGUAAAUCGACCCCCUACGUUGAUUAUAUGCGACCAAUUGUCGCAGAUGGUGACACUGGACACGGUGGACUGUCGGCUGUCCUGAAGCUUGCUAAGCUCUUCGCGGAGAAUGGCGCGGCCGCCGUUCACUUCGAGGACCAGCUACAUGGUGGGAAGAAGUGCGGCCAUCUGGCAGGCAAGGUCCUUGUCCCGAUGGGCGAGCACAUUAACCGGUUGACCGCUGCGCGCUUCCAGUGGGACAUGAUGGGAUGCGAAAACUUGGUGAUCGCCCGCACAGACUCGGAGAGUGGCCGGUUGAUCAGCAGCGCGAUUGAUGUGCGCGACCACGAGUUCAUCCUCGGUAUCACGGAGGAAGUGGAGCCCCUCGCCGAGACCCUCCAGGCGAUGGAGCGAGAAGGCGCUUCGCCGGCCGAGAUCGACGCCUACGAGCUCGACUGGGUCAAGAAGCACAAGCUGGUAACCAUUGACGAGGCUGUCGAUGCCCAUCUCGAGGCCGAGGGCGCCCCCCAGUCCUCCCGGGACGCCUAUAAGGAACAUGUCAAACAGAACCCCGAUCUUUCCAUUUCUCGCCGUCGCGCUCUAGCCCACGACUACAGCAAGUCGCCAGUUGUCUGGUCCUGCGACAGCCCCCGCACCCGCGAGGGCUUCUACCACUACCGUGCUGGAUUCCCCGCCGCGACUAAGCGCGCGAAGGAAUUUGCGCCCUACGCCGACCUUCUCUGGGUGGAGACUGGCGACCCCGACGUUGCAAAGGCUGGUUCUCUUGCGGGCGAGGUUCGCACGGCUUACCCUGGCAAGAAGUUGGUCUACAACCUGAGUCCGUCGUUCAACUGGAUGGGCCAGGGUUUCAAUGAGGCAACCCUGAAGUCAUUCAUCUGGGAUCUUGCCAAGCACGGAUUUGUGCUUCAAUUGAUCUCCCUGGCCGGCCUUCACACCAACGCGACCAUCACCACCGAGCUGUCCCGCGCAUUCAAGGACGAGGGCAUGCUCGCCUACGUCCGCCUCAUCCAGUCGCGCGAGAAGGAACUCGGCGUCGACGUCCUCACUCACCAGAAGUGGAGCGGUGCUCCUUAUAUGGAUGGUAUCCUAGGUGCGAUCCAGAGCGGAAGCAGCAGCAGUAAGAGUAUGGGCGAGGGUAACACCGAGAAGGGCUUCUGA